AUGCCGCAGUCCGAUCCCCCAAGGAAGCCAUACGUACCGCCGCCAUCGUUGACAAAACCUCAAGACGAAAGAAGCGAGAGGCGUACACGAGAGAGUAAGUACCGAGACCUAGUCAGAUUAGCCAUGACCUUCAUUGUCGCGCAAGUGCGCAGUAUUAUGAGCCUACCCAACCAUACCACAAAGCUCCAUCAUAGACCAGACAAAAACACCACCAAGCACCAAACCCCACACCCAAGGCGCACACAAAGCGCACCUCAACCCCACGACAAAGCACCUGCCCUAGGCACACUCAGAGCCACAUAUCGCAACCUCUCCAACCACGCGUCACAGGCACAUGCACGCUCCCGCGUACGCGGGUCAGCGCAGCACAGCAUACACAGCACAGCACAGCAGCACAGCAGCACAGCACAGAAACCGGACAAAGCGAGAAGAAAAGAGGGAAGAAGAAAGGAAGGUAGGAAGGAAUAA